UCUCUCCUCCCCCACCCCCUCCCCCACCAUGCAGACCGUGCGCGGCUGGACGAUCACUCGCGUGGAUCCCGAGCCCCUGACGCGCAGCCUGCAGACGAUCCCCCUUUGGUCGAUCGUGGCCGAGGCGUCGGCCUCCUCCGGGCUGCUGCGGCUGUCGGCCCUGCAGCAGCAGUGCUUUUCGCACCUGCGCCGGGUCCGGCGCCUUGACCGCUCCCCCGGCACGUCGGCAGCCCCGCCGGCCCGGCCGAUGACCCAGAUCCUGCUCUGCCAGCCGACCGACCCGGCCGACCGGGCAGCCCCCUCGCCGCCGCCGCCGCCGCCGCCGCCCCAGGCCGUGGACGUCCCCCAGCCGGACCCCCUGGCCGAGACGCCAGACAUCGUGGCCCUCUUCCGGCAGUGCGUCCGCGCUGCCUACCCCCCGGCCGAUGACGGCCACCCGGCGGAGUCCCCCGCCGAGGACGCCCUCAUUCGACGCCACGUGCGCCUGGUCAAUGUUCCCCGCCAUGCGCCCGUCACCCUGGAGCAGUACCGCGACUGGACGCAAACCUGGCCGCUGGUGUUUCACUCGCCCCGCAAGGGCCUCGUCGCCCGGGCCGAGCUCGAUGCCCACCAAGCGGCCCGCGCCCUGGGCCUCCUGGAAGCCAUCGCCACAUCGCCCGACCGGGGCCCGGUGUCGGCCCUGCCCGAUGUGGUCCUGUCCCCGGAUGGGUCCUUCCUGCUCGAGGACCCGGCCGGCCUGGUGGACCUGCCGCCAACCAACAAACCCCCGGGCUCGGCCAAUGCCGCCAUCCUGGUUGAUCCGCUGGCCCUGGACGGGACCGGGGCCCUGGUCGCCGGGGCUCUGGACCGGUCCCGCGCGGCCGGGCCCCACUUCCACCCCCUCGGCCAUGCGGUGAUCGCCUGCCUGGAUGCCAAGGCCCGGCGGGACAUUCGCCUUCUGGGGCCACGCCGGCGCGCCCUCGGCGAGCCGGUCUCCCCCUCGGCCCCGGCGACACCGGCGACAUCGGCGACAUCGGCCCUGGACCCGGCACCAGCGCCGACGGCCGCCCUCGGCGGCCUGCAGCUGACCAAGUCCAAAGCCGCCGCCAUCCAGUCCUCCCACCUGUGCAACGGCCUGGAUCUGUAUGUCCUGGACGAGCCGUGCAUCAUGUGCGCCAUGGCCUUGGCGCACUCGCGCAUUCGCAAGAUCGUCUUCAUCCGCCGACGCCCCGGGGCCGGCGCCCUCGUGUCGCAUCACCGCCUCUUCGAGCUGCCGCGCAUGAACCACCACUACGAGGUGUAUGUCGCGACGCGUGAUCCCCCGCCCGAUGAUGUACAAUAACACGUGUGCCAUCUUGA